AUGCCGGCGGUGAGCGUGGCACAGCGCCCUCCAGGUGGAAUCCCACUCCACGCCGGCGUGCCGGUAGCGCCCAGCAGCGUAACCGCCCCCGGUCCGUCGGGCCGGUGCCUCGGGGGCCCGGCAGCGCCCCCCGCCGGCUCGCCACCGCUGCCGCCGUCCUUGCAAUCCCUUGGCGGCGGCGUCGUCACUAACAGCAAUAACAGCAUCAACCACAGCGGCAGCAACAACAACGCGCUCGGUGGCGGCAACCUCAACAACGUCGUCAACAAUAAUCACCAUCUCGGCAACAGCGCCUUAGGCAUCAACACGGCGAGCGGCGCUCACACGAAUCCUCUGCAGGCGAUGGCGUCGGCGGCGGCAUCGCUCACGCAGCUCAACAACAUGGCGAACGGCCCGUUGCCGCCGCUCGCGGGCACAGGCCCGGCCGGACCACCGAGUCUGCCGCCGCCGCAGCCGGCGACGACGCCGACGCACGGCGGACCGCCGACCCCGCAUGGCGGGGUCAGCGCGGCGCCCCAUCUCAACGGCGCUUCGCCGAGUCCCCAUCCGAUGCCGCCCCACGGAAUGAUGAGCGGCUCGCCUCACACGCCUCACCCGCACAUGGGGGGUGGCGGGCCCUCGCCCCAUCCCCAUCAUCCGGGGCCCCACAUGGUCGGCUCGCCGCAUCAUCCAGCGGCGCCCCAUCCGAUGGGCCCGGCCGGCAUGAUGGGCCCGGCCGGUAUGCAGCCCCAAGGGGCGCCCGGGAUGUGCGGACCUGGACCCAGCGGCCCGAUGGGCCCGCACGCACAUCCACAAGGCCCAGGAGUACCUGGACAACCGCAUUUGCACAACGACCCAUUCUUUAACUGCCAACCUUUUCCGUCGCACUACUACAACAGAUCGUUGCCUGUCCCCAGGAGGCACACUCCAGCCUAUGGCUACAGCCAACCGGACUACAGGCUCCACGAGCUGAACAAGAGGUUAUCGCAGCGCACGGAGGAUAGUGACAACCUCUGGUGGGAGGCCUUCGCGAACGAAUUCUUCGAGGAAGACGCCACCCUCACCCUCCACGUCUGCUUGGAAGAUGGACCGAAGAGAUAUUCGAUAGGAAGGACGUUAAUACCCAGGUACUUCCGUUCAAUAUUCGAUGGCGGAGUGACGGAACUUUACUACACUUUGAGAAAUCAGAAGGAGUCGUUUCACAACACUACCAUAACGCUGGACUGUGAUCAGUGCACGAUGGUCACGCAGUACGGGAAGCCGAUGUACACUAAGGUGUUAACGGAGGGUAGGUUAAUAUUGGAGUUCACCUUCGACGACCUCAUGAGGAUAAAGUCGUGGCAUAUGUCAGUGAGGACGCAUCGGGAGCUGGUGCCGAGGAGCGUCGUCAGUAUGCAGCAGGACCCGACGAUGCUCGAGCAGAUUAGCAAAAACAUCACCAGGCAGGGCAUGUCCAACUUCACUCUCAACUACCUUAGAUUAUGCGUGAUUCUGGAGCCGAUGCAAGAACUGAUGUCGAGGCACAAGGCGUAUGCGUUAUCACCCCGUGAUUGUCUGAAGACAACCUUGUUCCAGAAAUGGCAGAGGAUAGUUGCCCCGCCGGGUAAGAGAGAGUCUCAGCGGCCGGCUAGCAAAAGAAGAAAGCGGAAGGGCAGCACGUCCGGACCGGGCAACAAUGCUCCACCCGCGCCUAGCAAAAAGCGUUCACCUGGGCCAAAUUUUUCUCUAGCAUCGCAGGAUGUGAUGGUUGUGGGUGAGCCUUCUUUAAUGGGCGGUGAAUUCGGGGAUGAGGAUGAGCGGUUAAUCACGAGGUUGGAAAAUACGCAAUACGAUGCCGCAAAUAAUCUGGAUCCUCAUAGUCAUGAUGCAUCCGGCGGACCACCGCCGCAUCCUCAUCAGUUCCACUCGGAGCCGACACCGGGUAAUUCCUGGCCGCCAGAUCGCGGUCCUGGUCCACCACAGGGAGGUCCUGGCAGUCAGGGAGUCCAGGGUGGUCAAGGGGGCGCGGCCGCAGGUGUACAGGGAACGCAGGACGCCAGUCAACAGCAGCAAGACAAGAAGAGCCCCGCGGUGAGCCAGUGA